UUUCCGAUGAUACACUCGCUCUGUCGACUCAGUGACAGCAGCCGUUAGUACCAUUAGCACGCUAGCACGUUAGCUGACGUUAAACUCGGUCGAAAUGCCCGAAAGGCGAAAGGGUGUAAAUUACACAUAUAAGUUUGGCAAUUAAAUGGACGUUCUUUAAGUUUGUUGUUUGCUCUUUAUUUUAAAGAAGAAAUGGGUUCAGGCACCGGCACCAUUUUAAAAGUACCAUUUUUGCAUCAGUAUCAGCAAAAUCUAAACGAUAAUCAUCCCUCUAGCAACAAUACCAGUCGGCAUGUCUAAUGGCCAAAAAAAAUGCAAAUGCAUUCUGUUCCAGCGGUAGAAAAAAAAAAAUCGAGAUGUUUGGUCCCCUGUACGAUGACCGAGGGCUAAACGGUGCGGCCUGCUAGCUCGGUUGUAAAGCGAUGCGGGCGCUAGUAGAAGAGCGCUGUCGGAGUCUGUGAGCACUUUGAAGGCUGUGUGCUCAAAGGCAUAAAAUAGACAGCGGCAUCAACACCGCGCCCCAAGGGAGAGAGCCAGCGAGAGGCAGAAAUAGAAACCGCAUCAGCGCUCUCUGCAUACAUGCUGAAACAAAAUGCGUGGUAAUAUCUUUGAUUGCAGUAGAGAGAGAGAGAGAGAGAGAGAGAGAGAGAGAGAGAAGGAGAGAGAGAGAGAGAGAGGGAGGGGGGAGUGAUAAAGAUAAAGAGAGGAGAGUGACAAAGACAAAAAAAAAAAGGAAAGGAGACUGAAAGAUCUUUGUUGAUGUCGUGAGUAUUGGGACCUUCGGUUGCUAGGGUUACUGAACGUGGUGACAAAGUGGGAUCGGGGUGUGUCAGGUGGGGGGACCGGCGGGCAGGCCGAGACCUGCCAAUCAAAAGAAGGACCUGUGAAAUGCUUGGCCAAAAAAAAAAAGAAAGAAAGAAGAUAAAUUCAGCUCUAUCUAAAUCUGGUGCAGGAAUCACUGUGAUCCACCCUGCCCUGUCCAUCCUUCAAACGUUCCAAGGUCUAAGCUUCACCCGGGUUGCUGCACAUCGUAAAAAAAAAAAAAAAAAAAAAACCAUGGAGAGAACAAUCCUUUGCGCGCUGUUGCAGUCUUGUGGCCUCCUGUUGGUGCUGUGUCACUGCUCAUUGGCCGGUUCCUCCUGCCCGGCGCAGUGCGUGUGCGAAACUCGUCCGUGGUACACCCCUCAGUCCGUGUAUCAUCAGGCCAGGACCGUGGACUGCAAUGAGCUGCAUCUGAGCAGGGUACCCCCGAAUAUCUCAGGCGACACUCAGGUGCUGCUUCUCCAGAGUAAUAACAUCUCCCACGUCACCGUGGAGCUCCAGAGUCUGGUCAACCUCACGGAGCUGGACCUCUCCCAGAACCACUUCACGCAGAUCCGGGACAUUGGACUCAAUAACUUCACCCAGCUCAUCACCCUCUACCUGGAGGAGAACCAGGUGAAGGAGCUUCCCGAUUUCUGCCUGAAGGACCUAGCCAACCUUGAGGAACUGUACAUCAACCACAACCAGAUCUCUUCCAUCGGCCCAAAGGCCUUCUCAGGCUUAAGUAACCUGCUGAGGCUUCAUCUUAACUCCAACAAGCUGGUGGCCAUAGACAGUCAUUGGUUUGAAUCCCUCCCCAACCUUGAGAUCCUAAUGAUUGGGGAGAACCCCAUUCUGGGCUUGCAGGACAUGAACUUCCAUCCCCUCUCUAAGUUGCAUAGCCUGGUGCUGGCUGGCAUGGGGCUCAAGGAGGUUCCUCCAGGGGCAUUUCAGGGCCUUGACUACCUUGAGAGCCUCUCCUUCUUCGACAACAGGCUGAUGUCCGUGCCCAAGGACGCCCUCCGCGAACUGCCCAACCUCAAGUUUUUGGACCUCAACAAGAACCCCAUCAGUCGAGUGCAGGAGGGGGACUUCCAGGACUUCCUCCACUUGGAGGAACUAAGUCUGAACAACAUGGAUGAACUGGUGGCUGUGGAGAGGGGAGCAUUCGCAAACCUGCCAGAAAUGGCCAAGCUGGAGAUUCGCAGCAACCCUCACCUGUCCUACAUCGACCGCGCUGCGUUCAUGGACGUGAGUGCCCUGCGCACCUUACUGGUCAGCAACAAUGACCUCAGCCUCCUGCCCCGCGAACUCUUCGCCUCCUUCCCCAGACUCGACGAGCUCAGUCUCCAUAGCAACCCGCUCAGGUGCGACUGCCUCUCCACCUGGUGGCCGGUGCUGGGGAACCAGUCUACCCUGAGGCUGCUGGAGUCUCAGACCACCCUCUGUGCCUUCCCGCCCCACCUGGCUGGCCGCCCGCUCCAGGAGGUCGUCGCCACGAGCUGGAAUUUCGCCAGCAACACCUGCCUUCCCCUCAUCUCCCUCCACACUUUCCCGCCUCAUCUGAACGUCUCGGCGGGGGAGCCCCUGACCCUGCACUGCUGGGCCGGGGCGGACCCCGCCCCUCAGUUCUACUGGGUGACACCGACGGGCGACAAGGUCACCUCAGAGGUCGUCUCGCCAGCCCUGAACGACAGCGGCGGCGCCAAGAAGAAGCACAGGCUGCAGGACCAAGGAGCCCUGGAGAUCCGGCACGUGGGCGCGGAGGACGCCGGCCUCUACACGUGCGUGGCGUGGAACGCCGACGGCGCCGACACGCGCAGCGUCACCGUUUACGUGGACAGGAGCGACUGGCGCGGCGGCGGCGGCGGGCGUGGCGCGGGGGAUGGCUCGGGAAACUCCACGGGGGCCUUGGUCGUUCUGGCCAAGAUCAUCCACUCCCAGUCGGUGGUGCUCGAGUGGAAGGUCUUCCCGUCCGCGUCCUCCGCCCACGAGGUCGGCCAGCCCAAGUGGGCCAGCGCCGUCAUGAAGAUCGACAACCCCCAGAUCAGCUACACGGCCAACGUCCCCGCCGACGUCCAGGAGUACAACCUGACGCACCUGCUGCCCUCCACGGAGUACCAGGUCUGCCUGACCAUGUCCGCCUCGGAGCAGCCCGUGCAGCGGUCCUGCAUCAACGUGACCACCAAGGAGGCCAGCUUCGCCGUGGAGAUGGUGGCGCAGCCCACCAACGUGGCCCUGGCGGCCGUCAUGGGCUCCCUGUUCGCCAUCUGCAUCAUGGCCCUGCUGGUCUUCUACAUGGGCCGCCGCGUGAAGCAGAAGUCCUGCCACCACUCACUGAAGAAGUACAUGCAGCACGCCACGUCCAUCCCCUUGAACGACCUCUACCCGCCCCUCAUCAACCUGUGGGAGAGCGAGGCGGAGAAGGAGAAGGAGGGCCCGGUCGAUCCCCAGAACUCACAGAUAGACACGUCGAAGACAUACAUGUGGUAGUCGGAAGCAAGCAAGUUUGUUGAAACACGAAAAAAAAAAAAGACUUUCAAAACUGUAGUAUAAUCUGACUUUAUGGUUUUUUUUUUGCUCUCGUUUGCCAUCUAAAAAUAACAGAACAACGUGAUGGUGAAAGUUAGAUGUAUUUUUAAAUGUGUAAAUAUCACAUUCUUUCUGUUAGGCCCACACUUUGAUUUCUCUUGCACUUAGCAGGAAUAUAAAUGUUUUUGCGGUCUUAAGAAGUGACAGGUACAGAAUGGUCUCAGCCUUGAGUAAUUGAGCUGCACAAAAUUCAAGCUGUUUAUGAUGAAUAUAUAUCAUUAUAUUGUUUAUAUAAGUAAAACAAUGAGGCGAGAGAGGUUUCAAGCUCUUCAAUACACGACCAUGUCUUGUCAUUCCGGUCUCCUGGUUUAGAUGCCUGGAGAGGCCCGUAUGGAAUGUGUAUGCGCAUUCCGGGUUCCAAAUUCCAGCUUGUCCAGUUACCUCACAAACUUCCCAAACCCUUCCACCUUAGGUUGGAAUGGGACGUUACCCUUUGCUUUCUUUUCUGCUUGGAUGUAAAUCAGUGGUUAAUUUGAGUGCCAAAAUUUGCUCACGUGACAGUUUUGGGAAUGGCUGCUUCCCGAGGCUUCAUUAGUGGAUUUGUGACCGUGUAUAAUUUAUUUUUUAUAUUUUAUUUAUCUGUGUAUUUCUAUUUAUUGAUCUGAUGCACAUAUGAGUGAAUAAUUUAGAGAAAACUAGAUAGCAAAAAUAAACAUUGUACAACUAUAAACAUAGGAAACAAUUUAUCCGGAUAUCAGAUAGCCAUUACUGUGAUCUAUAGCAAUCAAUAUGAAGUCAGACUGUGGUCAGCAGAACCAUUGUCUGAGAAAAAUGUGGAUUCAGUUAUAGUGGUAUAUUUGUGACAGAUUAGUUGGGUUUCCAGGUCUGUUCUGAAAAGGUGAGUAUUUUGAGAUGGGGCCAAAGUUAUUUUACAACUCUGAGGGGGGUAUGGGGCAGUGGUGGUAGGGGGGAGGAGGGGGAAAAAAGCCAAAUGGCUUCAGAGGAGUUGAGUUAGCAGCCAGGAAUGUGGAGAGGGAUGAGGGCCAAAGGAUGUACUGAUUCUGAUUCUGAUCUCCAUUCUGAUUCUAAUUCUGAUUCUGAUUCUGAUUCUGAUCCUGAUCCUGGUUCUGGUUCUGGUUCUGGUUCUGGUUCUGUUCCUGAUUCUGAGUCUCACUCUGAACUGUUUAAGGAACAUUGUAUGGCCAUUUUUAAUGGAUUUGGGCUACAUUUACACCUGGUAGCCAGUAGAGUCCACUCAGUGGAGUUGCAGGAGCCGAACUGGGAGAUCAGCGACAUUUGGAUGGAGUGGGUGGUGAUUCGCAUGUUCAGCCAUUAUUUACAAAUAAAGCUUACCUGCAUAUUCCUGAAUGGAUACUUGAAGUCUGUCAUAUCCAUUGUUUGCCCAUUUUGGCCAUACAUCCAAGACAAGAGAAACCUUAAAUAGGUUUUAAGCCAGACCUGUUAAUGUUUUUCCUGGAGUCCUGCCAAAUAUUUGUGAAACGUAUUUAGUAUAUCGAUUAUUAGAGUUUGAGAAGUUAGUGACCCUAAUCAUCAAAUUUUUCUAUGGAUACCUUACAUUUUCAUGAAUACAUGGUGGGAUUUGUAGUCUUUAUAUUACCAAAAAAAAAAAAAAAAGAACAAUAAGAAAUAUCUAUUACAAAAAUUACAAAACAGCUAAAUUGCGGUUAGGGAGUGAGGCAGUUGUGAUGUACUUGUUUGCACAUAUAAUUAAUAGUAAUGCUAAACCUAGUCCCUGCCAGUUGUGUUAGACAUGUCAAGGGAAUGUUGUAUGUUUAAAUUAAGAUGGUAGUCGGUGCAGAUGGUGCACACUAAGCUCAGUCGAGCUCAAACCAGUGCUUUGACUGCUGCACAGAUACAGUUACAAUGUGUAUUGUGUGGGGUAAAUUCUUGUAAUAAACCAUGGAUUCGUUCGGAGUGACUCUUGAUGUCAGAAUGUAUUAAUUUCAGUCUUCACGUAGAUCAUUUACAAACAGAAUAAUUAUAGCACUCUGAAUGUCCUGUUAGCACUCAAGUGUAUUUGGCGGAGAAAAUUAAUAUUUUUUCUAAAAAACGCAUGUAUUCACUGACAAUAUCUCUGGAAGAAUAUCAACACCUAAUAAUGCUUGUUGUGAUAAUAGACAUAUUACAUUUUUUUUAUUUUUAAGCUACAUAAAUAGUGUGUUAUAAUAAUGAAUAUGACUGUAUGGAGCCACAGCGAUGUAUAUUUAAAACAAAUUGUAACAGUUUCAUUUACUGGUGAUAUGUAUCUGUAUGCUUUUGAAUAAGUUUAAAAGAAAGAAUACAAGUAAAAUAAAUGCUCUGGGUUAAAUAUGCUGUGACUGAAAUGCACUGUACUUAGAACAGAAUCCCAGCAGAGAGUUUGCAUUUAGUCUUUUUUUUAUUACUUCAUAUUUACAUUAAAAUGCUCAAUAUUUAGCAGUCCAGCAUGACUUUAUGGACACCGCCAUGGAUCACAUAUUAUUCAUGUUAACUUUAGAGUAAUUAUUUAUAUGUACGUUUAAAGUGUAAAUAUUCAGAAUUUCUUUAUUUAAAAGAUUUUAGCACAUUGUUUUAGAGAUAUUACCUGAGAAUAAUGUAUAAAAAUGUUGUGAGAUCAAAAUACGCCCCCUAGUGGAAGAUUAUGAAGAAACAUUGUUCUUUAUGGAUUCCAUUUAUCAGUGAAUAGCAGGGUAUUUUUUAUAAAGUUUAAGACAUAUUAUUGUAUUUUAAUUAAAUGAAUGACCAAUCAUACAAAAUGCUGUAAAGAUAUGUGUCUCUGUAGUAUAUAUUUUAUAUAGAAAUAACUCAGUUGGAAAUAACUUGAAUUGUUGCUGUAAGAAACAUGUAAAUUAUUCCGAAAUGGUAAUAAACAACAGAAUCACAAAUCCUAGAA